CCGCCCUCCCCCUAUACAUAUAUAACGCAGGGAGUAGCCAGAAAGGACCACAGUACCGCCCUGGCCCCUAAGACGAGAGGAGGUGGCUGCUGCUGGCUGGGAAAGAUGAUUGGGAUGAAAUGCAUGGUGGUGCUCGUCGUGGUGGCGGUGGCAGCUGCAGACACGUCCUCCCACCCUACCUUCGGAGCGCGCCACCCAAAGCCCGUCCACCACCACCCUCAACCCUCCUACGGCCACGAGCCCGCCGAGCCCGCCUGCGCCGCCAACACCACCAAGCCGUGGUGCCUCGAGGACUCCGAGUACCCGCUGUAUGACAUCAAGGCCGCCAUUCACUACCACUUCACGAAAGUCAUUGACCUGUACGCCGACGUGGCUGACCUCAGCACCGAGCUGUCCGUGGAGCGGCCCAAGACCCUGGACGAGGAGACCUACCUCUGCCCCUCCGUCACCGCCUACGUCAGGCCGCUGCGCGCCAUCAACACGGAUGGCAAGUGGCGCGUCAUCGUGAACAACGUUGAGUCACACUACAAGACCUUGACGCAGACCACCCGCGUGGAGGAAUGCCUCACCGCCGGCGACGCCUGCCCCCUCGUGCCGGAGUGCCACGAGUCUUCCUGCCUGCAGAAGUCCAUCUACCACCGCUUCCUCGUCUACGACCCCUACGACCAGUAUUUCCCCUUCAACGUGGAGACCUUCAAGCUGCCCGCCAGCUGCGCCUGCCUCCUUGGCGCCUCCACCCUGGACCACUAACAACAACAACGACGACGACAACAAAAGCAACAGCAACGCUCACACACCUUCCUCUACCAGCAUGACCUGUCCACACUGAGUGCUGGAAGGUGUGUGUGUGUGUGUGUGUGUGUGUGUGUGUGUGUGUGUGUGUGUGUGUGUGUGUGUGUGUGUGUGUGUGUGAGUGCACCACUCCAGGCAGAGCCGCCCCUGCGAGCUUACAAGCGAUACGUGAAGAAAGCAGUUCUCUAGUCAUCUCGUCUAUUGAUUAUUGAUAUAUGCAGAUGUAAUAAUAUAUUUUUCAUGAUAAUUAUUUGUAGUGAAUAAGUAAAUGAAUACUUAAAGA